ACAAACCAAUAAGAAACCAUGUCGAGCUGAGUCAAGCAAAUCACAUAAAACUGUGACACUCACACAGUCUCACAACACUGACAAAAACAAAUUUGCAGGCGCCAUGGCUUCCGUGCUUGGAAACUCAACCGCAAUCUUAGCUUCUCGGUCCCUCGUUUCUCCUUCCUUAAAGCCUGCCUUUCCCUCUAUCUCCAUUAACCCAGGACAGGGUUAUGGGAGGAAACUGUAUGGAGGAAUUGGGAUUCAGGGAAGAAAGGGGAGGCCUCAAUUUCAUAUUGCAGUAACCAAUGUCGCCACUGAAAUUAACUCUGUUGAACAGGCUCAGAAGCUUGCUGCUAAAGAAAGUCAAAGACCAGUAUUUCCAUUUGCUGCUAUAGUAGGACAAGAUGAGAUGAAAUUGUGUCUCCUGUUGAAUGUGAUUGAUCCCAAGAUUGGUGGUGUUAUGAUAAUGGGUGAUAGGGGAACUGGGAAGUCCACAACUGUUAGGUCCUUGGUUGAUUUAUUGCCUGAAAUCAGGGUGGUCUUCGGUGACCCUUAUAACUCGGACCCGGAGGAUCCGGAAUCAAUGGGCAUAGAAGUUAGAGAAAAGGUUGUAAAUGGAGAGGAACUGACUAUUACAAUGACUAAAAUCAACAUGGUGGAUUUGCCAUUAGGUGCUACUGAAGAUAGGGUCUGUGGAACCAUUGACAUUGAGAAAGCCCUCACUGAGGGUGUCAAGGCAUUUGAGCCUGGACUUCUAGCUAAAGCUAAUCGAGGGAUUCUUUACGUCGAUGAAGUUAACCUUUUAGAUGACCAUUUGGUGGAUGUUCUUCUGGAUUCUGCUGCAUCAGGAUGGAACACUGUUGAGAGGGAAGGUAUUUCGAUCUCACAUCCUGCUCGGUUUAUUCUCAUCGGCUCAGGUAAUCCAGAAGAAGGAGAGCUUAGACCACAGCUUCUUGAUCGAUUCGGAAUGCAUGCUCAAGUCGGGACAGUGAGGGACGCUGAGCUUAGAGUGAAGAUUGUGGAGGAAAGAGCACGGUUUGAUAAAAACCCAAAAGAAUUCCGUGAUUCUUACAAGGCAGAGCAAGAGAAGCUCCAACAGCAGAUUGCUUCAGCUAGGAGUUCUCUUUCUUCUGUUCAGAUUGAUCAAGACCUAAAGGUUAAAAUAUCAAAGGUUUGCGCUGAGUUGAAUGUUGAUGGAUUGAGAGGAGAUAUUGUCACUAAUAGAGCUGCAAAAGCUCUUGCAGCUCUUAAAGGAAGAGAUAAAGUCAUUGCAGAAGAUAUUGCCACUGUCAUCCCCAACUGCUUGAGACACCGUCUUCGCAAGGAUCCUUUGGAGUCUAUCGACUCCGGUUUACUCGUUAUCGAGAAAUUCUAUGAGGUUUUCGGCUGAGAGAUGCUUUACUGAAGUCCUUUUUCCAAACAUGAUUAGCUGCUUCAGAAAUGUUUUGUUAUGUUCUUUUUUCAUACAAUCAAACAUUGUGAGAUAUUCAGCACAAAGUAGAUUCUUGGUCUAAUCUUGUUAAAGAAGAGUAAAACGAAGGAAAGAUUGCUUUGAAUGAAUACUCUGUUCAGAUUUUCUGCUA